GCAGCCGCAGGCCCGCGCCGUAAACAGACAAUAUGGCGGUAGGAGCGGUACCUGGGGCAUUGGGAGCCUUGCAGGCUAGCCGCACCCGCUUGGCGGCCGCUUACUCUGCGCAGUUCGGCCCUGGGUGGAGACUACAGGGCUCCUUCACCGGCCUGGGGGUCAGCUGGGCGACCUGGGCCCGGGGCUGGGUGCCCGCCGCCGGGGGGGCGACCCUGCGGCGGGGCUACAGCUCUGAGGUGAAGACGGAGGACGAGCUGAGGGUGCGGUACCUGGAGGAGGAGAACCGGGGAAUUGUGGUGCUUGGAAUAAACAGAGCUUAUGCCAAAAAUUCAUUCAAUAAAAAUCUUGUAAAAAUGCUCUCAAAAGCUGUGGAUGCUUUAAAAUCUGAUAAGAAAGUACGGACUGUAAUAGUCAGGAGUGAAGUUCCAGGGAUAUUCUGUGCUGGUGCUGAUCUUAAGGAAAGAGUCAAAAUGAAUUCGAGUGAAGUUGGUCCUUUUGUCUCCAAAAUAAGAGCAGUGAUUAAUGAAAUCGCUAAUCUACCAGUGCCAACGAUUGCCGCCAUAGAUGGACUGGCUUUAGGUGGUGGUCUUGAACUGGCAUUAGCAUGCGAUAUAAGAGUGGCAGCUUCCUCUGCAAAGAUGGGCCUGGUUGAAACAAAGUUGGCAAUUAUUCCUGGUGGAGGGGGAACACAGCGACUGCCUCGCGCCAUUGGGAUGUCCCUAGCCAAAGAGCUCAUCUUCUCUGCACGUGUGCUUGAUGGCCAAGAAGCCAAAGCAGUGGGCUUGAUCAGCCAUGUUCUAGAACAGAACCAGGAGGGAGAUGCUGCCUACAGAAAGGCCUUGGACUUGGCAAGAGAGUUUUUGCCUCAGGGACCAGUUGCAAUGCGAGUGGCAAAAUUAGCCAUUAAUCAAGGGAUGGAGGUCGAUUUAGUAACAGGAUUAGCCAUAGAAGAAGCUUGUUAUGCUCAGACCAUUCCAACGAAAGACAGACUCGAAGGUCUUCUGGCUUUUAAGGAGAAAAGAUCCCCUCGCUAUAAAGGAGAGUAGAAGAAACAGCAGUCUUUCAAAUGCCAGUGUAACAAAUGUACUUCUGGGAGUAUCUUUCAGAUCCACGAAGGCCUCAGCACCUGGAAUCCCAACGGCAAAAUGAGAAGUGAGUUAGCCAUACAGUGAGUUAAGCAUCUGGAGUUGGCCCAUUUGUGUGUUUUGUUCCACUGUGUACACAUCAUAUUCAUUCAGAUUUAUAAAGCUAGUGGUGUGUUACUGUCAAAGCACAGAUUCCAAAGUAGGUAGGCAUUUUAAAAUAUUUCCUGCAUAUGAAGCUUUCUGUUCUUAAUUUUUUAAUGUGAAUAAUUUAUAUAUUGCACACUCUAGGAAAUAAUGUUGAUUGUAUGUCUACUGUGCUACAAUAUGAAAAUAAAAUGAUUUCUAUAUACCAAAA